AUGACAUCCUACAUUCGCACCCAGCCAGCCGCAGCUCUUAAAGAAAUAAAGAAGGUUAUUGGAGUCUACGACUAUCUCAACAAGGAGAGUGUGAAAGAAGACAUGGCUACUGUUGCGAACCGCGUUAGGGACCAACUCGAGAUAACCCAAGUGAACUUUAAUCGGGAAAGCGGCAGGGUACCCAUCGACAUGACCUGGUUUUGGGACAGAUUUAUUAGGGAUCACCUUGAGAUAAUUGUAAAGGCGUCAAAGUCUUUUACAGAUAUGUGGAUUAAGGAGAUGCGGAAGAAGUGGACAGGUUCAGAUCGCCCGAAGGAGGAGAUAAAAGUAGUACUCGAGAUGCUUGGUCGGCUUGCGGUCGCUGCCAAAGAUAGAAUUGAUAUCCCUACAACAGGCCUGACACCCCACCAGGGAUAA